GCCACUUCACGUCAGUGGUGCCAGACAUAUGAUCUAGGUCCCUGCAGCCACAAGCGAUAUAUAAAGGGCGCAGAACGCGACGAACGGCUUCUCACCAAGCACUUCACGACCCAACUGCAUCUUCACGACCCCGACUAUCUAUUGACGACUCUAUUCAAUCACCAUCACAACUCUCACCAUGUCCAACGAUAACACCAACAACAACGGCCCCAACAAGACCACCGGCCAGCUGCACUCCCUGAAGGGAACUGCCGUCGAAGCCGUCGGUAACCUCACCGGUGCGACGUCGUGGCAACAGUCUGGCCGCGACGAGCACGCCAGGGGCGAGGGCGAGUACCAAGCUGCCCAGGCCGAGGGCUACGUCGAGGGCACCAAAGACCGCGUCGGCGGCCGCAAGGACGCCGUCGUCGGCGCUGUCACCGGCGAUCGCCAACAAGAGACGACUGGCAACGUCCGUCGUGACAAGGGCUCGGUUCAGCAGGACAUCAACCGACCGUCGUCCACUAACUGAGCGGUCACGGGAAGAUACCCUAGUUUAAUCUCGUCGUAAUGGCAGUGUAUCGAUAAUGUCGGUGGAUGUUGGAUAAUAUAGACAUCAUGCCAUGAA